ACUAAAAACAAGCCGUGGUGAAGUUUCGAGCGCUGCUAAACUGUUUUCAAACUGUUAAACAAACGACACCGCCAUUUCUUUUCAACCGGUUUCGUCAACUUCGCUUAGAAAAUAAGAAAAAAAAGAAAAGACCUUUCCAAAUGUCAAAGAAGAGAACAGAGGCAACAGCAGAAGCCUUCACCUUGAAGGCCAUGGCGAAGAACGUCGUGGUGGUGGGUCCUCCAAAAGCGGGGGCUUUUCAGGAGAAGGCGGUCAAACCAACCGUCUUCCGUGGGCGCUGUGACUCUGGAGACAUUCCAGUCGCUCUGACACACGUCACCAAAGGGAAUUCCAUCAGGUGGAAGGUGGACUUUGAGAUGCUUGAUUACCACUUCUACCUGCCGCUGUUCUUCGAAGGUUUGACUGAGACUACUUUUCCAUACGACAAAUUUGCAUGCGAGGGAAUCCACGCCAUGUUGGACCAUUGUGGCCACAAGAUCAUUCCAGUUAUUCCACAGCUCAUCCCUCACAUCAGGAAUGCUCUGAACACGAGGAACGAUCGGGUGAUGUGCAACACCUUGCAGGUCCUGCAGCAUAUGGUGAUGUCUGCAGACAGGGUUGGGGAAGCUCUGGUGCCUUACUUCAGACAGAUCCUCCGUAUCUUCAACCUCUUUAGGGACAAAAAAGAAAACCUCAGAGGCGACUUUGACUACAGCGUCUUGAAAGGAGAGAACGUUGCUCAUCUGAUGAAUGAGACUCUGCAGAUGUUUGAGCGCCACGGAGGGAAGGACGCCUUCAGACACAUCAAAAGCAUGAUACCCACCUACGAGUCCUGCAUGUAGGAGUGACGGGGGUCGUUGUUGGACAGACUGUCAGUCCAACGUCACCUUUUCUUUCUUAAUUUUCCAAGUGAAAAACAUUGCAUGUAUUUUGUUUUAAUCCUCUUUUUUCACAUUCCUUCCUGGUUGAUUUACUGCUAACAAUA